AUGUUUAAGUCAUAUCUCCUCAUGCUUUCAGCCGCUCUGGCUCUUGGACUGCCCUCUGGCUCCAGUUGUGCUCCCAGCCCCAAGACUCCGACUCUUCCCCAAACAGGUGGUGCGACCAACCUGCCGGCACCUCCCGCGGGCUCUAAACUGCUGCACAUCGCCCUCGGCUUUGGUAUUCAAAACUACACUUGUGCCAGCGUAGGCGCAACCCCCACCGCGACUGGUGCUCUCGCCAUGCUCUACGAUAUCACCGACUUUUACCCCGGUCAGAGCAAGAAGUCGCUUUCACAAAAGGACUGGGAUGGUCUCACCUCCCGCGCUCUUUGGACACAAAAUGUUCCCCUCAACUUCAACAAGUCCUCCGCUGGACGAGUUGACGCCAGGUACCCCGGCGCUUCUCAAACCAACCCAUUCACCAAGGAUGCUCCUCUCUGCCUCCGGGGUAUGAGGGAGCUACCCUUCCUCGGCCACCACCUCUUCACCAGCGCCGGCGUCCCCAACUUCAUUCUUGAGGGCGGCAAGAUCAACAUGCUCGCCGGAAAGAACGCCGGGGUCGAUGCCCCCACCAACGCCGACAAGGGCCGCGACGGGACCGGCGCCGUAGCUUGGCUCCAGCUUGGCGCAAAGGACGGCAGCAUCGGUAACGCCAAGCUUGUGUACCGAGUCUUGACGGCCGGUGGUAACAGCCACGGUUGCGCCAAAGCAGCCGGACAAGAUAGCACGAGCUACACUGCGCAAUACUGGUUCUACGGAUAG